AUGAAAUUCAAGUUUUGCUCGGACGGCGACUGUCCUCUUUGGGCACUAGCAGGACUACACGCACUUAGCAGUUUGCCUGCUCCCCUCUUCAGAAGCCUUCUUCACCAUGUCCUAGAAGAACAGCCUGACGAUGGCAUUAUGGAUAUCUUGAAGGACACAAACCUUGCAUCACGUGACGAGUGCGCACGCGCAGCGGCUGUCCUCCGCUGGACGUUGAGACAGGCACACCGCUGUGCGUGUAGCGGAGUACAGCUCGCGAGAGAUUUGUUGGUGCUGGGAGUACCCCGGGCACAUGCAGCUGCGUUGGCCGAGGCAGCCGAUUCUACUCAGAAGGCCUAUGAAGCUAAUGUCAAAACGAAUGGCUUUAUGAUAAACAAAAUGACAGACGUAUUUGCUGCUCCCGGACCAGACGGCACCAUAGAUACAGUUAAGCUUACAAUUACUUCAGAGGAUGUAUUUUCCGGCACCCAUAACAAGAUGGAUUUGCUCCUAGAUAAAUCACAGAUCAAAGAAUUGUUAAAUGAACUUAAGAUUGCACAUAAGAAAAUGGAGGAAAUUGAUUUUGAAUAG